AUGUCUGAUAAAGAAGAACAGAUAGUAUCUGAAGUUACUUCAGAUGUAGAAGAAACACCAAAGAAAGUUAAGAAAGAUAAAAAGGAGAAGAAAGACAAAAAGGAGAAGAAAGAUAAAAAAGAAAAAAAACGUAAAUUAGAUGAUGAUGAUGAUAAAGAAGAACUUGAAAUUGAUUUAAAUGCUCAAAUUCCAUUAUCUAAAAAACAACAACGUCAAUUAAAAAAAGGUAAAUUAGAUUUAGAAAAAUUAGCUAAAAAACAUCCUGCUCCAAAACCUGAAAAUGCACCAGAAGAACCAGAAAAAGAAUCAAAAAGAUCUGAAUUUGGUGUAUGGAUAGGUAAUUUAUCAUUUGAUACAACUAAAGAAGAUAUUAUUCGUUUUAUAACUAAUAAAACAAUUGAUUUAGAAACUAAAAUUGAAAAUGAUGAUAUUUCAAGAAUAAAUAUUCCUAAAAAAGGUACACAAAUUAAAGGAUUUGCAUAUGUUGAUUUACCAAGUUUAAAUCAUGUUCAAUCAGUUGUAUCAUUAUCUGAACAAAUUCUUAAUGGUAGAAAAUUACUUAUUAAAAAUGCAAAUUCAUUUGAAGGUCGUCCUGAAAAAUCAACUACAGAAGGAUCAUCAUCAGCAUCAAAGAAUCCACCAAGUAGGAUUUUAUUUGUUGGGAAUUUAUCAUUUGAUACAACUGAAGAUAAUUUAGAAGAACAUUUUAGACAUUGUGGUGAUAUAACAAGAAUUAGAAUGGCUACUUUUCAAGAUACUGGGAAAUGUAAAGGAUUUGCAUUUAUUGAUUUUAAAAAUGAAGAAGGUGCUACUAAUGCUUUAAAUUCAAAAUUAACCAAAAUUUUUAUUAAUAGAAAAUUAAGAAUGGAAUAUGGUGAAGAUAGAUCAGCUAAAAGACCAAAAAGAUUAAAUGAGAAUAGAAAUAACAAUUAUAAUAAUAAUAAUUAUGAUGGUAAUAAUGAUAAUAAUAACCUUAGUAAUAAUAAUGGUGAUUAUGGUAAUCAAGGAUAUGAACAAAGAGAAUAUACUCAAAGAGAACCAAAGCAAUAUGAUAAUUAUGAUAAUAGUGAUUCAUCAAGAAAAAGACAAUACCGUGAAAGAGAAACUUCAGGUUCUUCUGGUCCUCAACAAUCAAAUAAACGUAUGAAAUCUUCUGUUGCUUUAGCUUCUGCUCAACGUGCAAGUGCUGCUAUCGUUCCAUCCGCUGGUAAAAAGAUCAAAUUUGAUUAA